AUGACCAUUACUUCCGAUACUGACACUGUUGCUGCUGACACUACUGCUGCUGCUGCUGCUGCUGCUGCUGACUCUGCUGCUGCUGCUGCUACUGAUGAUGAUGAUGUUGGUGCCGAGUCGCGGAAGGCGCGGGGUCUGCCGCCAAAGGGCAAGGGCAAGGGCAAGAAGAAGAAGAAGAAGACAAAGUCACGCACAGACUCGCCAAAGUCGCUCGAUCUGUCAGGUCUUCCUGGUGAUCAAGGCUGGCCUGCUGCCGAUGCCGACGCCGCUACUACGCUGCCUGACGACUAUCCUCCGCUGGUCGACGGCCCGCGGGCGCUCGCUCGCAAGCACCUCACACCAUUGGUGUGGUCCGCGCUCGGGAGCGAGGUGACGCCCGAGGGCGACUCCAUCUCCCGCAUGCUCCGCCCGGUCCUUGCAGACCCGAGCCGGACACCCGGCAUCUACGUUGGUGCUGCCUCGUCGUACAGCGCCUUUGCUGCCUUUCUCCGCCCGCUCGUCGCCGAGUUUCACGGCGUCGAGCCCGGCGCUCUCGCUCCCGACGUCGACGCGUGGGAGACCGCCGAGCUCGCCAAGAUGAACCACGUGGAGAACCCCAUGGUGAAGCGGAUCCAGCUCUCUGCCGUCCGCAACUACGCCGACCUCCCGUUCUCGCCGCUCGCCACCGCUGCGUCGCGCGCAGACGUCCUCGCCCGUGCUGUCGAGGCUCUCGGCAGCGGCUGGUCGUUUGAGGCUGUGCCGCUGCCGGACGCCGUCUCCGACGACUGGGCCACCCUCGCCGCCGACGCCCUCAUCCCCGGCGGCUACCUCCCGCCCCAGCAAACUGUCGGCAUGGACGAAGGGUACCCGGACGGCCGCGCCGUCUUUUUCGGCACCGACCGCCACGCCGCCGAGACCGCCGUCGUCUGGGUCAACCAUGAGGACCACAUCCUCGUUGUCGUCCGCCGGACCGACGGCGACCUCGUCGCCGCCACCAACUCUAUCCACGCUAUCCUCGACCUGCUCUCGCACGCGCACGCCUUUGCUCGCGACGACAAUGUCGGCUACCUCGCCACCUCGCCGGCCCAGGUUGGCACCGGCCUCUCCGUCGGCGCCUGGGUCCAGGUCAACGAGCUCGACCGCAAGGCUGUCAAGGCCAUAUGCGCCAAGUUUGCCUGCCGCGCCCGCAAGCUCGCCGCGCAAGCCAAGGACGAGCCCGGCACCUCGCUCUAUGCUGUCUCCAACAGGACUCGCCUCGGCUUCUCGCCGGCCACCUACGUCCUCACCGUCUCUUGCGUCGUCGCCGAGCUCGUCACCACCGACGCCAUGACCGCCUUUAUGACCUCGGGCGACGCCUCGGCCCUCACACAAAGCUAA